AUGACAAUUUCACAGGCAACCCAGGUCACGUGGGAAGCACCUGUUGAUCUUGAAGAAGAUAAGGAAUCUCUUGUUCAGGUCUAUCGUGAGCAAUCUUUCCAAACUUGUGUAAAUGAUGUGAAGUACAAAGCAAAGAGCUACUGGGAUACAAGAUACAAAGAUGAAGACUACUUUGAAUGGUUUGGGGGACUUCAGUCAUUCCAAUCUUUACUUUUGCCUCAGUUACUCACUAAUGACCAUAUCUUGAUUUUGGGUUGCGGUAACAGCAAAAUGAUCAUUAAUAAAAUGGCUACUAAAACUAACCAUUUGAAACCUAUGUCAUGGCUUGUGAUGGAUAUACUUGAUUUGAAGUUUCCUGACAAAAUUUUUGAUGUAGUUAUUGACAAAGGUACUAUUGACUCACUCAUGGUAGAUCAGGGAAGUCCAUGGGAGCCUAAAGAAGAGUCUUACUUGAUGCUCGAAAAAGCUCUGAGUGAGACUUCAAGGGUCCUCAAACCUGGUGGUCGUUUUAUUUCAAUAACAUUUUCUCAACCUCACUUCAGAGGUCACAUGAUGGCUAUUGAGCAAUUCGAUUGGUUUAAUGACCAAGGCAAUGUGUCACCACGUGGAGUUCGUAACAAAGAAUACACCUAA